AUGGACCGCUACCCGCCUGUUAGGAAGCGGGCCGCACAGCAGGAGCACAAGUUGGUGCCACUAACAUACUAUGAUCAACAGUUUGUGCCAUUAGAACGCUGUUACCAACUGGCCACAAGCAGCUCAUUAACACAUCAACACACAGAUGAAAAACAAAAGCAACCCGAUAACCAAUCUGUGGUCAAAGUAGAAUCCCAUAGUAAUAACCCUGCAGUGCAUCCCCUAAACUCUAACCAGAAGGUACAGAGAUGCUCAAUAUUGCCCUCUGCCAAGUGUCAGGACACAAUUUCACGGGACCUCUAUAACAGGGCUCUGAAAUCACCAUUAUCUCACUCCAAAUAUCAGGCCACACCUUCACUACACCUCCACCAGAACUCCCUGUGGCCUAAUAAGAGAGGCUUGAGCUCACCGUUGUCCCACGCCAAACCUCAGAUCACAUCUUCACUUGACCUCACCAAGACAUCAUUGCCAGAGCCCAAUCAAACAGCCUGGAGCUCACAAUUACCCUUUCCCAAUCCUCAGAAUACAUAUUCCCUAGACCUUUGCUGGAUAUCACCUUCACUGAAGUCUAAUCGAAGGGUCUCAAGUUCAUCAUUAUAUGCCCUCAAACAUCAAGAAACUCCUUCCCCAGGCUACAUAUGGACGUUGUCAUCUUUGGGACCUAAUCAAAGAGCCUUUAGCUCAGCGUUACCCCAGUCCAAGCCUCAGAAAGCCUCUUCAUUGGAUAGCCUUUGACACUCUUUGUUAGAGCACCAUCAAAGAUGUUUGAGCUCACCAUCACUCAACUCUACACCUCAAACACAUGACUUGCUUCAGACAUCACCUUCUUUGGAUCCCAGUCAGAUGACUCUGAGCUCAUCGUUACCUGAUUCCAGACCUCAGACAACACCUGUAUUGAGCUCUAAUUCCAGUGUUCUGAGAUUAACGUUGUCCAGCUCAAAAGAAAGGAAAUCACCUUUACCACAUUCUAUGCAUCAGUCAAAGAGUUUGCCAUUGUUCCAGCCCAAAACACUUGAUCGUAACUUCAGGACCCUGAAUUCACCAGUGUGUCACUCAAAAUUUCAGAACACCACUUCACUAAGUGACAAACACAAGGCCACAGAUCUUCCCUCACCCCAUCCCAAACCAAAUAUCUCAGGUCCAUCAUUAUUAAGCUCCAAACACUGCAUCAGGAACAUAGCUGCUUUAACAUUGGGCUCCAGACUCCAGAGUAAAAGCAGUUUUGGUCUUUAUGAAAAGACAGAACCAAAUAAGGAAAUUCGAUGGACUUUAGGUUAUAUUCAUCCCUGCAUUAUCAAAGGUGGAACGGUCCCUGAUGAUGUUGUAAAUAAAAUUGUCAAUUCUCUCUCCAAGACCAGAAUCCAGAGGGAUCUCUGUAGGCAGAUUCUCUUUUGAAGGAUGAGGGGAAGGGCAAAUCCUCAUCCUGGACCCCGCCUUUCAUCAAGUUAUAUGGUUUGUUUAGCUUGUGCUUCCUGCAUAAAAUCUCAGUGUAACCAUCUUACAGGAAGGAAAGACCCUCGUGCUGCAACGCUAUUUGUCAGCCCAGCACCUGAGACCACUCCUGAGGGAGAAAUAGAGGUGAAACUAGUUUUUAUCCUCUCCCUACCAGAGACUUCUUUUUCAUUCCCUGUGAAAGAAAAUCAGCCUGAUGAAGUCCCUGAAGAAAACCUUGGAGGAAUUGGGGAGAUAUCAAAAUUUUUCCCUACAUCUGAACCUGAUAUCACCAAGGAGGCUAAUGUGAAGAAAACAUGGCCGACAGUAGCCCCUGCAAACCAAGCUGUAAGCCAACAGCCCCAGGCUAUAGACUGGCUGCUCUAUGUUAAGGAAAGUAGUAACCCUCAGUCGCAGUCCCUACUCCCCUCAUCUUCUUCCUCAUCAUCCUCUUCCUCUUCCACUACACCCCCUUUACCCCCUCCUCCUCUGAAAGAGGCUACCACAUCUACCGCCUCAGGCUGUGUGUCCACUAAGGUACUUAGUUACCACCGGCUGCCUCCAGGGGUCUCCUGACUUGAGUUUAUAUGUAGUAAAAAUCACCAGCCACUUCCUGCAAAACCAUGUCCAAGUCAAUCACCAUCUCCCCAAACAAGGUCUAUGAGGAAUAGCACCACAGUAAAAAGGAGAAAGGGGCCAGAGAUACUGUUCAAAAUGUUCCAGACAAAGGUUCAAAAUGAGAGAAAUCUUGAUUAA